UAUGUAUACAUAAACCUACUACAGUGUGAGGUCACUAUUAACAAGAAAUGUAUUUUUAACGUUAUUGGUGGAUCAUAAAUGAGGAAAUUUUAUGACAGUAAAUCAGGAAAAUUGCGGGCGAAAACAAGAGAAGGCUAAAGAAAGAGAGUGGGAGAGGAGAGAGAAAGAGUGAGAAUGUGAUUAAGAGAGGGAAAGAGACAUAGUGGGAGAUACACAGGAGUUAGAACUGCUGUAUGGAGUAAGAGUGAGAGGAAAAUAAAUAUAAAGAAAGAAUGAAAAUCACAAUGGCUGUGGGGUUGGGGUUGAAUUUGCUAUGGGUUUGGGGGGCUUGCAAACAGUUAUGAGGAAAUUGGGGUAACGAGAUUGCGGAACGCGCCGAGUUGGAGCGCACCCCCACAAAAGAAAAACGAAACAAAAACUCAGUACAAGAUGGCUGCGUUUGGGUGUUGUGGCUGCUGAUCUGAUUUUGUGCGUGCUGCUAUGCUAGUUUACUAGACUGGCUAAAUUUCGGCGAAUUCUAUAAGAGUUUUCGUCGUUUUCUUCUUACUCAAGUAACUAACUUGCAGUUGUGCGCGAUAGUGGGUUGCGGUGCAGGUAAUAAUGCGAGAGCAUUGCUAGCACGUCCGAAUAUUAAAAAAUCCGAUCAAAACGCUAUACUCAUAUAGCUCCUAUGUGGUUCAAGGGGUGGAUGAUUGGAAUUUACUAAAAGUGCAAGAACGAAGCUGGUAGAAACCCUGGAGAAGGACAGUGGAGCGUUGGAGGAGGGAGAGAUGUCCGCCGGCACCCAAGGCGAGAUACGGGUUGGUCCAUCGCACCAGGAUCUAGUGCGAUGAUCGACAACUGAAGUUGGUAGAAGUCGAGUUCGUAGACCAUGACUGGAUGUUCGUUGUGCCACGGUGUCCAGUUAUCUUCUUGAUGAUACUCUAAUUGCAGACAACAACUGAUCUAGUUCUUUCGACAUGCUUUUAAUUUGACACUUCAGUACUUAUCGAAGUCGGCAGCUUAUUAACAAUAACAUUGAUACGUCCAAUCUGCUGGUGUAUAUGGUUUACAAGAAGGAUAGAAAUACGUGGCUAAUUUAGUGAGUGUCAUUUGGAGCUGCUAUUAUGAUUUGAACUUGGAAAAUGCCUAAGCCAUAAUUUGGUAUAUCGAUGGAUGAACGGAAACGUUGUUCAGAGAAGAAUAAGGGAACGCUCAGUCUCGUGUGUCAAUAAAGAAUGAUUGAGUUUUGGGGCUUUUGAUAAGCAAGUCGGAUUAUAGGCCCGUUUGCCUGAGUAUCGGCCGGGUAUACCUCCUGGCGACCUACUUCCUGAUCCAGAGUUCUCAAAAGAACGCGAAGAGCUAAGAUGGAUACCAGCGAUGGCCUUGGAUGGGGACCUUCUCAUGUACCUGAGGGCGGCUCGUUCAAUGGCCGCGUUCGCCGGUAUGUGUGACGGUGGUUCCCCGGAUGAUGGUUGCGUUGCAGCUUCACGAGACGAUACCACCAUCAAUGCACUGGACAUCCUGCACGAUUCUGGCUAUGAUCCAGGAAGAGCUUUGCAGGCUCUCGUUAAGUGCCCCGUACCCAAAGGCAUCGACAAGAAAUGGUCCGAGGAAGAAACCAAACGAUUUGUCAAAGGUCUUCGGCAAUUUGGAAAGAAUUUCUCUCGGAUUAGAAAAGAUCUUUUACCUCAUAAAGAUACGCCAGAAUUGGUCGAAUUCUAUUAUCUGUGGAAGAAGACUCCUGGUGCGAAUAAUAACCGACCACAUCGCAGACGUCGGCAAGGAUCCUUACGUCGGAUCCGUAACACGCGGAACUCCAGAGCAGGGACACCCAAGGAGGAAGUACCCACGCCACCGAAGGACGCACCGGCAACUACUGCUAGUGCAAAGGAAACUGCUUCGGAACCGGAAAUAGUUCCCGUUGGUACGCCAGCUAGCAAUAAUCCCGGUGGAGAGAUCAGUUCCGUCACCGAAGACGAUAAUUCCGAAGAAGACAGUGACUCACGGGACACCAACACGAACGGGACAACGCAUUCCUGUCAGCAUUGCUUUUCGACAAAUUCAAAGGACUAUCAAAUCGCUGGGAAGGACCGAUUACUUCUUUGUGCGGAAUGCAGGGCGCACUUGAAGAAGACUGGAGAAUUGCCGCCUGCACCGCCAUACUUAUUUCGUCCGGUUCCUGCAGAGUCUCCAGACAGUCCGGGUAGAAUGCGUACAAGAAACAAAGCUAAAGAGACUCCUAGACCCGCGAGACCAAGACGUACCGGAGGAACGGACACGCCUGAUCAAGAGAAGCAGCAGCAACAAACGCCUGACAAGACGAAGAAGAAGUCUUCGAGCAAGCCGGAAACACCGAAGAAAGGUCAGAAGAGGUCGCAGACGGAUGAUAUGGAAGAGGACAAAGAGUCACAAAAACGUAAACGUGGUGAACGUCCCGAGAGCCCGUCGGAAUCGCUCACAACAGAUAGUAACUCUCUUAUGGAUGAACCUGAGAGAGAAACGGAAACGGACGCCAAUGAGAAUCAACCUGCACCAUCCGUUGUUGCAAGUGACGAACCUGCCAGUCCUAUUAUAACUACUCUGGAGGAGCCAUCUGAACCUACUCCGGCAUCAACGCCAAUUCCACUUUCGGUUUCGGUUACGGUGCCGGUACCAGUUCCCGUCUCGGUUACGGUGCCGGUACCAGUUCCCGUUUCGGUGCCAGUGGCUGUCCCUGUUCAAGCACCUAUACCGGUAGCUGUGCCAGUUCCAGUUCCCAUUCAAAGUUUACCAAUAUCAGUGCCCGUCAUUCAUUCCUUGGAUAAAAAACCAUUGUUAAUGGAUGAGCCUACAGAGACCAAAGAACAAAUAGAGGAAGUCUCACUGGCUAUUAAUCAGCCUCUUAAAUUAGAACCAAGACCCAUAGAAGUACCGAUGUCACCGUUGAAUGAAGAACUCAGAGAACCUGAGCAGCAACAACAACUCAAUUUGAGUAAUCCUCAGCAAUCCAAUCAUCCUUUAAAUGUUACUGACAUGAGUCAAAAUAUUCAUCGUAAUUUAUCACAAUCUAUUGCCAGCGCUGUCGGUAUUUGUGCACCAGGAGGUCCCACUAAUUUAUCAAAUCCUCAGAUAACUUCUCAAAGCCAGCAGAAUCUGCCUCUCAAUAUGCAAUAUCAAAGUAACGUAUCGCAAAAUCCAAACGUUCCUCAAAAUUUAUCACAGAACAUCCAGCUUCCGCCAAAUAUACCACAGAAUAUUGGUAAUGCAAACCCUUUGGGAGUUCCGCAAUCCGUCUCUAAUACGGGUGCAGAGAACAGCGUUAAUUUAACGAGCACACAAAGUAUGGGGCAAAGUAUUCUUCUACCAACUGCCCUCAAUUUAAAUAUCCCACAGAAUAUGUCCACGACCAAUAUCACUCAAAUGCCGCAAGUACCAAGUUCACCGCAACCGCUUGGCUUAACAGUGAUGCCUUCUGAAAAUAGAAUGUCAGAGCGAAUGGCAGAUGACAGAUUGGGUCCAGAGCGACACCGGGAUAAUAGGAUAUUGGAGAGGAUGUCAGACAGAAUUCCGGACAGGAUGGAAAACGCGGAACCUGAGAGACCGGAACCGACUAACUUAUUCCAGCCUAUACAACCACCAAGUAUGUUGUCGACGGAAAAACCAGCAGCUAUCUAUAAUUUGGCUGGUACUCCACCAAUGGAACCUCAGAACUUAAAGAUAAAGCAAGAAAUCAUACCACCAGAACCAGAUCCUCUCCAGAGUCUCAAGGAAGUUAAAGUUCCUGGUUUUCAAACAGGUUUUCCAGGACCAACUCUCGAGAACAUUAAAAAGGAUCCUGAUAGCUCUAGUAAACCACCUACCCCAAGUAAGCAUUCUUUAGCGAGCAACCAGCAAGUCGCUCAAAUACAGUCAGUAGCAGCUUCCCCGACUCCGAGUUUGCCACCACCUCCAACUUCUAUUCCCCAACCUGUGAUGCAUCCUGCCCAGCAACCGAGUCCUCACAUGACUCAUCCAUUCCACACACAUCAUCCCUUGAUGCAUCAUUCUCUGUUCGCAGCGAUGCAUCCCUAUCAUCCACAUGCUUACACUGGAUAUGCUCCUGUAGGUGGUUACCCACCAUUCCCUCCGUAUCCAUACGGUCCCGUUCCUCAUGCCAUUCCACCUCCGUCACCACAGAGAAAUCAGGAAAGCACAACAAUGAUGACUGCACACCAUUCAAGCACAAGCUCCAGUGUGACGACCAGGGAGGAGGGAGAAAAUCUAAUUGCUACCCAUCACCACUCAUCAAGUAUGCACCAAGCUACGACCUUACAUCACGACAAGUUACUAACUAUUUCCUCGCAUAGUUCACACAGUCAUUCAUCCUCUCAUAGUUCUCACAAUGCUCAAAGGAAACCAUCAAUGGUAUCUGCGUGUCUUACCUCCAGUAGCUCAGUUCAUCAUCAUCAUCGUCCACCGCAACCACAAGCUCCUGCACCACCCCCUGAGCCAAAGAUGGAACCGGAACUUGUGGAACCUGAACCGGAAGAACCACCAAGUCCAAGAGGACCAUCCCCGGAGCCUCGAAUCGAAGACUCUGAGUGUCAUCGAUCACAGUCAGCGAUUUUUCUUCGACAUUGGAAUCGCGGGGAGAAUAAUUCUUGCACCAGGACAGAUCUGAUGUUCAAGCCAGUUCCGGAUUCCAAGCUGGCUAGGAAACGCGAGGAAAGGUCGAGGAAGCAAGCUGAGAGGGAGAGAGAGGAACGAGAUAGAGUUGCUGCUCAGCAAGCUAGAAAAAUGACAACUCCUGAGAAGCAACCGGAAGUCUGCAAACCUCCAAGUCGUGGUCCUAUGGAACCGGUAGUGUCGCCUUAUGAUAGAUACGCGGCAAGACCUGGUUCCUACGCGGAUACACCCGCCCUGAGGCAACUGUCUGAAUAUGCCAGACCACACGCUGCCUUUUCACCAGCCAGACACCCAGCGCCACCUGAUCCCAUGCUGCACUAUAUGUAUGGACCUGCAGCGCGGGAACGACUCGAACUAGAGCAUUUGGAACGUGAGAAACGCGAGCGAGAGAUACGGGAGUUACGUGAACGCGAGCUCAACGACAGGAUUAAGGAAGAAAUGCUCAAAGGGGCUCCAAGGCCUAUGCCUGCGCCGGUCGAUCCUCAUUGGCUGGAGAUACACCGACGUUACGCAGCUGCUGGACUUGCCCCAGGACCUGCCGCUCCUCCUCAAGCAUUGCAUCAGUUUGGUCUUUACGGAGCACCUCCUGGACCUAGCCAACUUGAGAGGGAACGUCUUGAACGUCUAGGGAUACCGACUUCGGGUGGCGGGGGGCCAGCAGGGGGAGGGGCUGGCCAUCCCGUGGCGGCUCAUCACCACAGCCAGCUGGACGAGCGGCUGGCUCUGGCUGCUGACCCGAUGGUCCGGUUGCAGAUGGCUGGCAUCUCGCCUGAGUAUCACGCUCACACUCACGCGCAUACGCAUGCGCAUACCCACUUGCACCUACAUCCGGGACAGCAGCAGGCCCAGCAACAGGCUCAGCAACAGCAGGAAGCAGCUGCAGCUGCAGCUGGAUUCCCCCUGCCUGCAGCAGCCGGUGCAAAUUAUCCACGACCUGGUCUAAUGCCCCGGGAUCCUUCGCUGGCUCUACACCCAGCUGAACUUCUUGGACGACCUUACGCGGACAUGGCUGCCCAUCACGAGCAGCUACAGCGACAUCUCAUGAUGGAAAGAGACAGAUUUCCACCUCAUGCAUCCCUGGUCGCUCAUCAUGAGGAAUAUCUGAGACAACAACGUGAGCGCGAGCUUAAAGUUCGCGCCCUGGAAGAAGCUGCACGAGGAUCGCGUCCUUAAGCAUAAAUAAAAGAACUUUCAUUGAAAUUGUUCUUCAUGAAAUUGACGAGCUGUCAGAGACGUUACUGUUAAAAGCAUUUCUCGCCAUGACUUUUGAUUCAAGGCACAAGAAUGCAGGACGGUAACGCUGACCUUUUUUCACCCUCUAUUUAAUUUUUCUUUCAUACUCCAUAAGAAUUUUAAUUUUUUUUUAUCCCCAUCUCACAUGCUACUUACUAUAAGGCAUCAUGGGCAGUAAUCUGUGUCCUAUGUAACACAUUAGUGUAAAUAGAUGAGAAAAAUAUCUAUAGCGCGCUAGUUUAUCCUAGUGCCGUAUAGAAGAUACGAGUUCAUAUAGCGACGCUUGUUGUACUGUAAAUUCAUUGAAAAAUCAUUAUUGAUGUUACUGCAGUAACAGCCGCAAUCUUAUUAUGUGACACCUCGUGAAUCAAUAGUUUCUUAAUGACGACUUGUAUUCAAGAGGAGACAUCGUCUCAAGCCUAUUGGCUAAUUUUAUUGUCUUUUUCUCAACUGUUUUUAUCCUUAUUUUACUGUCUUUUUUUUAUCGGCCAACAAUACGUUCUUUCGCGUUCUUAACGUAGCGUCUCUCGACGCUAUAGAGAAAAUGAGGGACAUAUGUAUUUUGAGCCAAAUCUUUUAAUCUUAUUUUAAUACCCAUACAGGGGCUCGUGUUUCUUUCUACCUUAAAUAGACUGUAUUAUUUAAAGACGAAGAAAACGGAACCGGUAAACUCUCGCGUAAUUUUUACAUUAAGUUUGAGUAAUCCUAAUUAUCUUUUACUUGUACAUUUUUCCUUUUCUCGCCUCUCAAUUAUUUUAUUACCUGGAAACUUAUUGCUGCAACUAUGGCAGGUUUUUAAUGAUAAUAGCGAUAGUGGUAAUAGUAAUAAUAAUAAUAAUAACGACAGCGGCUGGCUGAUUGUAAACAUCGAAACAAACUGACCAAAGUUAAACGUUUUGUCGAAAAACGUUGGAUUGUGAGCGUAUAAUGUUCCUCGGUUCUACAUUGUACGUAUACAUAGUUUCAUAUAGAUGAUAUUGUAUUUUGUAUUAAAGCGAGAAGCACAGUGUAUAUGUUUAGACUUUCAUGUGUUAACGAUAUCUUUUUCUUUCAAUGAGAAAACAUAAAGCCGUAUGCUGCUACUUUGAUUCUCAUAACCAUUGGAGUUAAUGUAUUUACAUUUACAUUAUAUAGGCUACAAUAAUUGAUUCAUUGUAAUUCAAUUGUUUAACCAAGUAAAAAUUUCAUACAAA